CAAGAAUAGACCAUGAGAAGGAUGGCGGAGGAGAUCCGACCUGUCAAGGAGCAGAGCUCUUGGAUCACAAGUUGGCUUCCCUCUUGGUGCCCCACUUCACCCUCUCAGUUGAAAGAUGCUGAAGAAAAAAUGCUUAAGUGUGUGAAGAGGCAGUUCUCCAGACAGCAUGUCCGAAUAUCCAACAGCAACUAUCUAUGGACCAUAGCUUUUUCCUCUCAACCACAGUCCUACUCCCCUUCACUCCAAGUUCAGUCCCAACCCAGGAUUCCUCUAGUUCUGCUGCAUGGCUUCGGCGGUGGGGUCGGCCUCUGGACACAGAACCUGGAUGCUUUGUCCAACAUCGGUCCUGUCUAUGCUCUGGACCUGCUGGGUUUCGGUCGGAGCAGCCGUCCCCAGUUCUGCACUGACCCAAAGGGGGCUGAAGAGCAGUUCGUGGUGGCUCUGGAGGAAUGGAGGGAGAAGGUAGGACUAGAAGAAAUGGUGCUGCUGGGGCACAACCUCGGAGGAUACCUGUCUGCUGCCUACACACUCAAAUACCCACAACGGGUAAAACAUCUCUUAUUGGUGGAGCCGUGGGGGUUUCCAGCCCGUCCAGAAAACCCAAACCAUAACUCCAUCCCUGUGUGGAUCAGAGCUAUAGGGGCUUUUAUGAGCCCCUUUAACCCACUGGCAGGCCUCAGGCUGGCUGGGCCUUUAGGUCCAACACUAGUUCAGACAAUCAGGUCAGAUUUCAAGCAAAAAUAUCUCUCAGUGUUUGAUGAUAACACUGUAUCUGACUACAUCUACCACCUGAACGCACAAACCCCAAGUGGAGAAACGGCCUUUAAGAACAUGACCAUUCCCUACGGCUGGGCGAAGAGGCCCAUGCUGGAGAGGAUCAGCCAGGUCCGAGUGGACAUUCCCAUUUCUUUCAUUUAUGGAUCACGCUCCAGCAUCGACUGUGACUCUGGAUACGCUGUCAGGAAAAUAAGGCCGGAUGUGGAAGUCAAAGUGAUCAGAGGAGCAGGCCAUUAUGUUUUUGCCGACCAGCCUGAUGACUUCAACCAGACAGUCCUUCAGAUCCUCGCCAGGACGGAAAGGAAAGACAAAGACGAGGACAUGACACAGUGAAGUCCCCCUGUUCAGACAGCACACCAAAGGGUCCAGAAAUGAAGCGUUUAACUGUAAAAACCUUUUGUAUCAUGCACUUUAUUCUUAAGAGAGACCCAAAGAAAUUGAAACUCUACUCUUUGUUUUCCACUCUGUGGGAAGGCUUGGGACCAAAGGUUAGAUGUAAAUAAAUUGUAAAUAAAUCUGUGUUACUCACU